CUAACAUAACAGAAAAAUGAGAGAAAAAUCAAUAGCUGAAGUUGAGAAAAAGCACAAAGAGCCACGACGAUUGGCAGCCGCAGCACAUUCUUUUAAAGAUGAAGCAAAGCUGAAAAAAGAAAGGGAGAGAGAAAAGCUUCUUUCAUUAUUCUCCUCUUUACGUAUAUCUCACUGAAGACAUGGUCGUGGUGUUUAAAGUUGUUUUGCACUUUUUUGUAUAGUGGCUACUUUUCAAGGAAAUUUUUGAUAUAUGAAAAUAGAAAAUGGAGAAUGGUUGUUUGCUGUCUCUUUCAGCUGUGUAAUACAUUUUUUUAAUGGGUUUUACGUAUUUGAUCUUUUCAUGUCAAAAUAUGGUUUCCUAAGUAAAGUUUUUAGUGAGAUAUUCAUGUACUGUAAUGGGUGUCAGUCUAAUGUGGAAUAGAGUCGGCAGAGGUUCUCAAUUGGAGAUCGGAUUUGGUAGCUUGUAGCAUCCGAUUUCGAGCCCUGAACUCCACUUGUUACAGACCUAAGGUUUCAUUGGAAAAUCAUGAAUCUAUGGGUGUGGAACUCAUACUGCAGAAGCUAGCGUUGACUGAAAAUAUAAUAGGCUGCGUACGAUGGACUCAUAUGGCCUGGCCCUUCCCCGGAUCCCACGCGUAGCAGGAGCUUAGUGCAUCGAGCUGCCCUUUAGUUAUUUGAAAUGGAAGAGCGUAUGAAGAAGUAUAGGCAAUUGAGUCCAGAGAGAGCUAAAGUGUGGACAGAGAAAUCGCCCAAAUAUGUGCAGCAGCAGCCCCAGAAGAAUGAUGGCAAAGUGCCAGUGGUAUAUUAUCUUUGUAGAAAUCAACGGCUUGAGCAUCCUCAUUUCAUGGAAGUACCCCUGUCUUCACCCGAUGGCCUAUACUUGAGAGAUGUAAUCGAGAGGUUUAACGUUUUGAGAGGCAGAGGAAUGGCUUCGUCGUACUCUUGGUCAUGUAAGAGAAGCUACAAGAACAGAUUUGUGUGGCAUGAUCUUUGUGAAGAUGACCUGAUUCUUCCUGCUCAUGGUAAUGAAUAUGUUCUCAAAGGCUCAGAGCUUUGUGAAGAAUCCAAUUCAGGUCACUGCAGUCCAGCGAAAAAUGACAGAUUGUCAAAUCCGAAAGUAUUACCAGAACCUUCAUCCUCUAGGAGCCAAGAUAAUUCCUUUCCUUCGUCUAGUACGGAUGAAAGAUGUUCGAAGAAUUAUUGUAAAGGUGAACCAUCAGUUCCAAUUCCAGGUUCUUUGAAUGUAACCCCAGAGUCCAGAUCUGCUAAUUGUUCUUCAUGUAACGGUUCGUUAAGGUUGAAAGAGAGCAAGAUCAAUAAUACUGUUGGCCUGGCUGAUGCUUCCAAUCAGACUCAGGAAAAUGGAAGCAGAGCUAAUGCACCAAGAGAUACCUGCAGAAAAGGUGUUUCAACGACAAAUGAGUCUGCAGAUAUAUGCAUGGCCAGGCAUUCAGCUGCACCUGCUCCAUCAUCAAAGGGUGGUAGAACAGAUACCUUGAUAUCUCUCAUCAGAUCGGAUGUGAGCAAGCUCAGCAGCUUUAAGACACUUGAAAGCGAAGAGGGUCGGGUUUCAUCAGCAAAAUUAAAGCCUUCGAAUAUGCUAAUGCAACUAAUCUCAUGUGGAUCAGUUUCAGUAGCGGAUCAUAGAUUUGGCCUUAUACAUACAUACAAAUCAAGAUUAUGUUUAGGGAAGCUUGAUUGCCUGAAAAGGAAUCAGAGGUUAAUGGGGUUGGAAGAUGAGGAAUAUUUCUGUGGAAGCUGGAUGGAGCCUACUCUUCCCAAGGAACGAGUACCUCCUGCCUUAAAGCGGUCAUCUUUCGCUGCUGAGAGGACUAAUGGAGACGCAGUUGAAGAUAAAAAGGAGCCGAGCUCCACACGCUCAAAGUGCAUGGGACAUUCUACCAAGGCUUCCCUGAAUAAUAAUCUGCCAAAUAAUGAGUCAAUUAGAUCCCCUCUUUCUGAAAGUCCAAGAACCUCAUCUGAAGGAGAAGACACAUCAAGAACGAUUGCGUCUGGCAUAUCCCCAAGUGGAAGAAAACGAAUCACAGAGCUUUCCCAAGAGAGAAACAUUCCAAGGGGAUAGACUCUUGCAGAAUGAGAAAGAAAAAGUGAUAUAAAUUGAAGAAACGUAAGUUUUGGCUAACUACAGAGAUACUAAUUUGCUUGAUCGCGAAUUGUUUAGGUUGAUGUUUCAUUUGUUUCUAACGGGCUUGUUUGCUCAAAAAAUGUUACACAUCUUACGAGUACAAAACAAUAUAAAUAAAUUCCGGGAUAAUCAUAGCAAAUCGUAAUAAUCCGUUGGACCAAUUGAAAGACAUGAAAAUAAGAACUUAGAAUU